CAUAUCUAAGCGUAAGCCUGAGGUCUGAAACCAAAGCAAAAGAAGCAAACAAAACAUAAAAACAUAUAAAUAAAUAAAAUAAUUCUUUUUCAAAAAAGCGACUACUCGGUUUGAUAUCUUUGUCGUAAAAUCCAUUUCGAGAAAUUUCACGCACGAUUUGUUUAUACAUUUCUCACCAUCUCCUUCUUCUUUUACGAUCUUUGUUGGUGGUUGGUGUAGUCUGAAUCAAAGCGGCGACGAUGCCGACACCGGUUAGCACGGCGAGGCAAUGUUUAACGGAAGAAACAGCACGCGCACUAGACGACGCGGUAGCCGUCGCGCGUAGGAGAAGCCACGCGCAAACGACGUCUCUCCACGCCAUUUCCGGUCUCUUAACCAUGCCUUCUUCGAUUCUCCGCGAAGUGUGCAUUUCACGCGCCGCUCACAGCACGCCUUACUCCUCCCGCCUCCAGUUCCGCGCGCUCGAGCUCUGCGUCGGCGUAUCGCUCGACAGGCUCCCUUCCUCGAAACCGCCUCCGACGACGGCGGAGAACGAGGCGGAGGAGGAGCCGCCGGUGUCUAACUCCCUCAUGGCGGCGAUCAAACGUUCUCAGGCGACUCAGAGAAGGCACCCGGAGACUUACCAUCUCCAUCAGCUCCACGGUGGGGUUACUCAAACGACGUCGGUUUUGAAGGUUGAGCUUAAGUACUUUAUAUUGUCGAUACUCGAUGACCCGAUCGUGAGCCGGGUGUUCGGUGAAGCCGGGUUUCGGAGCACGGAAAUAAAGCUCGACGUGCUUCAUCCUCCGGUGACGCGGUUCCCGCGUUCUCGCUGUCCUCCUCUGUUUCUAUGUAACGUAACUGAAUCUGGCUCUGGUCGGGCGAGAUUCGGGUAUAGUGGUGACUUCGACGAGAACUGUCGGAGAAUCGGGGAAGUGUUGGGUCGGAAAGACAAGAAGAAUCCUCUUCUUGUCGGAACUUGCGGCGGUAAAGCGCUCAAAACGUUUAGUGACUCGAUCAACAGAGGAAAGGUAGGGUUUCUGCCUCUGGAGAUUAGUGGGUUAAGCGUAGUUAGUGUAGAGAAAGAGAUCGGUGAGAUGAAACUCGAUCAGUUGGGAAGAAUCGUGGAGCAAAGCUGCUUGAAAUCUAAAACGGGGACGGUUUUGAAUCUAGGAGAGCUCAAGGUCUUAACCAGUGAUGCUCUCGUGUCGAGGCUCUCGGAGCUGUUGAAGCUUCAUUGUGAGAAGCUCUGGUUCGUCGGGAGUGUGUCGAGCAACGAGAUGUAUUUGAAACUGAUCGAGAGGUUUCCGACGAUUGACAAAGACUGGAACCUUCAUCUUCUUCCUAUUACAUCUUCGAAUCAAGGAGUUUAUCCCAAGUCAAGUUUGAUGGGAUCCUUUGUUCCAUUUGGAGGCUUCUUCUCAUCAACAUCAGAUUUCAGAGUGCCGUUUAGUAACUCAAUGAACCAGUCUCGUCUUCCUCGGUGUCAUCUCUGUAACGAGAAGUGUGAGCAAGAAGUCACAGCCUUAGGUAAGUCCGGUGAACAGUGUUCAGAGAAGUUGCCUUGUUGGUUACGUAAUGUGGAAUCUGAACAAGACAAAGGGAUUCCGAGACAGGCUAAAGAUGAUCCAAACACAUUAGCUUCUGUGCAGAAGAAAUGGGACGACAUUUGUCAACGAAUCCACCAAACUCCGGCGUUUCCUAAACUCAGCUUCCAGCCUGUUAGACCACAGUUCCCACUUCAGCUUGUUUCAACCCUUCAAACUGAGAAUCCGCCACACCAACCCGGUUUAUCAGUAAAAAUCUCGAAGCCAAAACAUACAGAAGAUCAGACAACUCGCACAACAACGAACUCGCCUUUGAGCUGUGUUACAACAGAUUUAGGGCUAGGAACAAUCUACCAAGAGUCAAGCCCACCGGUAUCGCUUAACCGGAGAGGCUUUGAGCUGAUCAAAGAGAAACCAUUGUCGCGGUAUUGCAAAGACUUCAAGUCUCUCAGAGAAUUACUCUCUCGGAAAGUAGGGUUUCAGAACGAAGCUGUGAACGCCGUAAGCGAAAUCAUCUGCGGAUACAGAGAUGAUAGAAGCCACUUAGCUUCAGCCACAAGUAAUGUUUGGCUCGCUCUUCUUGGACCGGAUCAAGUCGGGAAGAAGAAAGUAGCAACAGCUCUCGCUGAAGCCUUCUUCGGCGGGGGAGAAAACUGCGUUUGCGUGGAUUUCAAGGCACAGGACGGGCUCGACGAUAGAUUCAGAGGGAAAACAGUUGUUGACUACAUCGCCGGAGAAGUAUCCAAGCGGGUGGAGUCUGUUGUUUUCAUCGAAAACGUCGACAAAGCUGAGUUUCCUGAUCAGGUAAGAUUGUCUGAUGCAGUGAGAACUGGGAAGCUCCGUGACUCGCACGGAAGAGAGGUCAGUAUGAAGAAUGUUAUGGUUUUAGCUACUACUUCGGGGUUUGAUAAUAAAGACAGUGAUCGUCAUGCUCUUGAUAAUGAGCAUGUCAAAUACUCCGAAGGAAGAGUUCUCAGCGCUAAAAACUGGAAAAUUCAGAUAAAACUUGCCGACAAUGCUAACAAGAACUGUCUAAAUAAGCGAAGACAGGAGUUAGGAACAGAGGCUACAGAGCUUCGAGCUGUUAAGUCUCAACGUUCGUUUCUCGAUCUGAAUCUUCCAGUGGAUGAGACAGAAGCAAACGCAGAUGAAGAAGCGCAUGCAAUGUCCGAGAACAGUAAAUCUUGGCUUGAGGAUUUUUUCGAGCAAGUUGACGGGAAAGUGACGUUCAAAACGAUCGGCUUUGAUGGGUUAGCGAAGAACAUACAAAGAAGCAUCUUGUCGCAUUUUCAUCGGUCGUUUGGACAUGAAACACGUCUAGAGAUCGAAAGCGAUGCGAUCCUUCAGAUUCUAGCUGCCUUGAGAUGGUCACCAGAUGAAGAGAAAACGGUUGAUCAGUGGAUGCAAACCGUUCUUUCUUCAAGCUUCGCUGAAGCGAGACAAAAGUAUAAUUCCAAUUCUUCUUUCGCUGUGAAACUUGUCGCCUCUGAAGAUUCUACGGCUGAAGAGGAAACGACGGGAAUACAGUUACCGGCGAGAGUUGAAGUGAUCUAAUCAUUUCGGUUAUUAUUUUAUCAUAUAUAUAUAUAUAUAUAUAGUGAGAUGAUAGUUAUAUAUAGAUCUCCUGAGAGUUUUUGUCAUCGGCUUGGUUUGAGUUUGAACUUUGUCAACUAAAUGUAUAUUAUUAUAAGCUUAAAGCUGAGCUAAACUGUGGUAUAUAGCUUUUGGCCAAAUUGCCACAUGGGCCAAAUUGCCACAUGUUUUGGUUUUUACCAUAGUUGCUAUUGAUCUUUCUAUCAUUUUACGGUUUUCUGUAUAUUUUGUGUAACGAUAUUAGUUCUCAUAUGAGAAUCAGUUUCAUAUUGGGUUUCUGCA